AGACUAAAGUCUCUCUGGCGAGAUUGGAAAAUUUCCUUUGUGGUGAAGAACUUGUCCCAGAAAAUAUUGAGACAGAAUAUAAAGGAAAUCAUGCGGUUGGAUUUAGUGCUGCUUCCUUCCAGUGGGAAACUAAUGGUCCCUCCAUCUUGAAAGAUCUCCACAUAAAGAUCCCAGAAGGCACGUUGGUUGCUGUUGUUGGCCAAGUUGGAUCCGGGAAGUCAUCCCUGCUCUCUGCAAUUCUUGGAGAGAUGAACAAAUUGGAGGGGACUAUUCAGAGAAAAGGCUCUGUGGCCUAUGUAUCACAGCAAGCAUGGAUACAGAAUGCUUUGUUUCGGGAGAACAUUCUCUUUGGACAGGCCUUCAAUAAAUCGUAUUAUGAGAGAGUCUUAGAAACCUGUGCCCUUGUUCCUGAUCUGGAGCUCUUACCACAUGGAGACCAAACCGAAAUUGGAGAGAGGGGUGUAAACCUAAGUGGCGGUCAGAAGCAGCGAGUCAGUCUGGCGAGAGCUGUGUACAGCAAUGCAGACAUCUAUCUGUUAGAUGACCCCUUGUCUGCUGUUGAUGUUCAUGUUGGGAAGCAUCUGUUUGAUAAAGUAAUUGGACAGAAUGGGCUGUUGAAAAAUAAGACAAGGAUCCUGGUGACACACAGUCUCAUCGUUCUUCCUCUAGUAGACCUCAUUAUUGUGAUGGAAGAUGGCAGAAUAACUCAGGCUGGCAAUUAUACAGACCUGACCUCAAAGCGGCAGGACUUUGCAGACUUGAUCCAAACUUCUGGGGCAAAGGAGAAUCUAAAUGAAAAGCCUUCAAGUCUCCUAAAAGAAGCCCAAACUCUGAAGACCGAUCGGAGACGAGCCCGAGAUAAUCUGGCUCAAAAAGAGAGGUCAGUGAUCGAGAUGCCAAAUGCUUCAAGAAUGAAUAAAGAAAAGGUUGCCACAGGAAGUAUGAAAAUGUCAGUGGUGAUGAAAUACCUUCAUACUUUUGGAUGGUUCUGGGUGACCUUCACAAUAGUAGCCUAUAUAGGACAGAACGCUAUGGCUAUAGGACAAAACGUAUGGCUGAGUAGAUGGACAACAGAGGCCAAGCAAAUAAAAGAUACAGCAGAAUGGGCUGACCUGAAGAACAAUCGUCUGGGGAUCUAUGGACUUCUGGGAUUUGUGCAAGGCCUUUUUGUGUGCUAUGGUGCCUAUGUGAUCACAAGAGGAACAAUCUGCGCCUCUCGCUCACUGCACAACCAGAUGUUGGACAAUAUCUUACACCUUCCACUCCAGUUUUUUUGAAACAACACCCAUGGGUCAAGUACUGAACCGGUUUACUAAGGACAUAUAUGUGAUAGACGAGCGCUUUCAUUACUAUUUACGGACCUGGCUAAACUGUAUGCUGGAUGUGCUGGGGACUAUACUGGUCAUUGUGUGUGCCACUCCCCUGUUCUUAGUGGCCAUUGUUCCCCUGGGAUUUUUAUACCUGCUCAUCCAGAGGUAUUACAUUGCCAGCUCACGACAAAUCCGCAGACUUGAUGGGGCUUCUCGUUCUCCGGUCAUCUCACACUUCAGCGAGACGUUGUCUGGGGCCUCAACAAUCAGAGCCUAUGGACAUCAGGAUAGGUUCACUGGACAGAAUAAGGAUGUGGUGAAUGAAAAUUUGGUCUGCUACUACAAUAAUGUGAUUUCUAACAGAUGGCUUGCGGUGAGAUUGGAAUUUCUGGGAAACCUGAUGGUUUUCUUUGCUGCAGUGUUUGCCAUUCAAGCUGGUGAUAAAAUGACUUCUGGCAUAGUGGGACUGUCAAUCACCUAUGCCCUAAAUAUCACACAGACAUUAAACUUUUGGGUACGUAAAGCCUGUGAGAUUGAGACAAAUGGAGUAGCCAUAGAACGAGUUUGUGAAUAUGAAGAAAUGGAGAAAGAGGCCCCCUGGGUUAUGGCUAAAAGACCACCCUUGGAAUGGCCAGACAAAGGUGUGAUUGAAUUCACCAACUACCAGGCCAGAUAUCGGGAAGACUAUGACUUGGCCCUCCGUGAUGUCACCUUCCACCUGCGUACGACAGAGAAGCUUGGCAUUGUUGGGAGAACAGGAGCUGGGAAAUCUACACUCACAAACUGCUUAUUCCGUGUUGUGGAGAGGGCAGGAGGCAAGAUUGUGGUGGAUGGGAUUGACAUAGCUACCAUCGGUCUCCAUGAUUUACGGAGCAAACUUAAUAUCAUCCCACAGGAUCCAGUUUUAUUCUCAGGAACGCUUCGGAUGAACCUGGAUCCCUUAGACAAACAUUCGGAUGUGGAGCUCUGGAAUGCUCUGGACAUGUGUCAUCUGAAGGACUUUGUGCAAUCACUUCCCAUGAAACUCUACCAUGACAUUUCUGAGGGGGGAGAGAACCUCAGCGUUGGACAGAGACAGCUGAUCUGUCUUGCUCGAGCCUUACUCAGGAAAACAAAGAUUCUGGUUCUAGAUGAAGCAACAGCCUCUAUUGACAUGGAAACAGAUAAUCUGGUUCAGAGCACCAUUCGCAGUGCGUUCAUUGAUUGCACUGUACUGACCAUAGCGCACAGAUUGCACACCGUGUUGGACAGUGAAAGGGUGCUUGUUCUGGAAACAGGCAGAGUUGUGGAGUUUGAUGAGCCCCAACGACUGAUACAGAAGAAAGGGGUCUUCUUCAAUAUGGUAGCAGAGGCUGGGAUGCUCCAGAACACAGAGCAGUAA